AUGUCGCAUGCGAGCUGCUGGAGUGCAGAGGGCGAGCUCAAUGUUACAGACUCGCGGUAUGCCACCAAGCUCGCUGCUCGUGCGCUGUGUGCCUCCUUUGGCUCCCACCACCCCUCCCGCCUGCUGGACAAUGGACCCAUCGGCUUCCUGGUGGACGACCCCGCCGGCGCCGCCCCCAGCGACGACGACGCCGGGGUCACAGAUGCCGAUCUGUCUUUCCCCCCCUUCCCCCCUCCCUUCGAGACCCUGCCCCUGGGCGCGUGCCUGACCAGCAGCGUGCCCAGCGGCGGCGAGGAGUGGCGCUUCGAGACGGGGCGCCUGGCGCGGCUGGCCGACGGGGCCUGCCUCCUGCACGUCGGGGAUACCAGCCUGCUGGCGACACUGGAGAGCCAGCCGUCGCGCUCCACCUGGCGGGACCCCCUGAGCCGCUUCGUGGUGGACUACCGUGAGAGGUUUGCGGCGGUGGGACGGAUCCCCACCACCUACUUCAAGCGUGAGGUCUCGGCCAAGGACCACGAGGUGCUGGCGGGGAGGGCGGUCCAGCGCGCCAUGCUGCCCCUCUUUCCACCCGGCUUCCCGGGCCAGCUCAGGAUGACGGCCAGCGUGCUGAGUGCCACCCCCGGCGCUGACCUGGAGGCCAUGGCCAUCAACGCCGCGUCAGCCGCCGCCGCCUGCUCCUCCCUGCCCUGGAGGGGGCCGCCGCCCCGCCUGUCCUUGCUCAUGGCGGCCACGGCAGACCAGCGCGUCACGAUGCUCGACGUGGAGGCCUGCCAGGUGCCGGAGGCGGAGCUCAUCGCUGCGCUGCGCUUUGGUGCGGCGGCCGCGGCGGCCUUGGUCCCCGCGCAGGCCCUGGUCACGGCCACGGUGGGGGGCAGCGCCGACGCGCAGAAGACGGACACCCUGUUUGAUGCUGGCGGGUCCAAGCGCCUGUUCAUGCAGUACAGCCUGCCCGAGUAUGCCGGGGAUGAGGAGUCGGAGACCGGGCUGAGGAAGGAACUGGAGGCAGCCACCUUCUCGGAGCGAGCGCUGGCGGCUGUUCUGCCCUCCGGCCCCUCCUUCCCCUUCACCGUGCGCCUGCAUGCCGAAACUUUGGCUCAGAACGGGGGCUCAACUGCGCUGGCGGUGUGCGGCGCCUGCCUGGCAAUGGCGGACGCUGGGCUGCCGCUGCCCAAGCUCGUUGCAGGCGUCUGCGUGGGUCUGCUCUCAGAUGCCUCUGCUGGACCCAUGGGCGACGGCGACCAGGCACCAGGACCUGGCGCCCGGCUGUCCAGGUACGCGCUGCUGGUGGAUCCUCAAGCCCUGGAGGUCCGCCACGGCGACAUGCGCCUCAACCUGGCAGGCACCGACGAGGGCUUGACUGCCGUCAGUUUCACGGCCACGGCGCACGGCGGCGUCCCGCUGGCGGUGCUGGAGGAGGCCAUUGCCCUCGGCCGCGCCAGCCGCCUGCAGGCACUGGAGGACAUGGCGGCGGCCCUGCCCAAGACACGGCCUGCCGAGGCACCCAUGGUGGGGCACGUCAAGGUGCACCCGCGCAUGCUGGGCCGCAUCAUCGGCCCCUCGGGGUCCAACCUGCGCGGCAUCGAGGAGGCCACGGGGGCCCGGGUGCAGGUUCAGGACGACGGGCGAGUGCACCUGUUUGGGCCCUCUGCCGCGGCGUACGAGUCGGCCGCCGCUCGGGUGCUGGACACCGCCGGCGACAGCAUGGAGGAGGGCAAGGUGUACACGGCCAAGGUAGUGGCGCUGCGCGACUACGGGGCCAUGGUGGAGAUCCUGGAGACGCGGCUCAAGGCCCUGCUGCACAUCUCGGAGCUGGCGGCCACCCGCGUGCGCGCCGUGGAGGACGAGCUCGCCCUGAACCAGACGGUCCGGGUGCUGUGCCUGGGCCGGGAUGAGGCCGGGAACGUGGAGCCCGGGCCGGGAAGCGCCCAGGAGCGCCAGCAGGGAGGGCACGCGGCCCUCUGGGCGGGAGGGUUCUUCGCCGAGUAG